UAAGAGGAUAAAAUACAAUAUUAGUCUGGCUUCUGGUCGUAAAAGUGAGAUUAUGCGUUACUGGUCAAUCAAAAUUAUAUUUUUGACUUUUCUGGCUCAAAACAAAAAGUCGCAAUCUUUAAGCCAACAUUCCUCUCGUCUAGAAGAGAAUUUGGGUGUUUCAAAUGUGUGUUUGAUGGAGGGUGAUGUAUUAUGCGACCCUCUUCGACCUAUGUGGUUAGUCGCUCCUCUUGAUAAAUAUAGAAUGUGGACUAAUAGGAUCGUUCCUUACACAUUCGCUCCUCAUUACAGUGAUGAGGACAAAAAUAUCAUCCUGGAAGCCAUGAUGAGAAUUGAAGAAAUGUCGUGCUUGACGUUUAAAGAACGAGAAGACGAAGUUGAUUACAUCGAUAUCCAAGAUGGCAGAGGUUGUUUUUCUUUUGUGGGAAGAAUAGGAGGACGACAAAUUUUAUCAUUACAUCCUCUAUGUCUGGCGGAUGGAACCGGAAUUGCUAUUCACGAAUUAUUGCACGCUCUAGGUUAUUGGCACGAACAAAAUCGCUAUGACAGAGAUGAUUACGUUAAAAUUCACGAAGAUAACAUUAUACCUAAAUAUUUCAUCAAUUUUAAGAAAAAAGAGAAAGACAUAUCAGAUCUGCAGAAUUUGGAAUAUGAUUACGCAUCCAUACUUCAUUAUGGACCUAAAAUGUUUGCCAUAGAUGAUACAGAAAACACUAUCACUCCGUUGAAUCCCGAAUACGAAGAGGUUAUAGGUCAACGAAAAGGACUAAGUCCAUUAGAUAUACUCAGAAUAAAUAGACGUUAUAAAUGCGAAAUAGAGAGUUGUCCACCUCCUGAAGUCGUCCAUGAUGGAUUUGUCAUCGGGGAGGACUAUUCAGUCGGUAAGACUGUGCAGUUCGGUUGUGACGAAGGUUUCUUCUUAGUCGGAUCUUGGUACAGCUUCUGUAGAUUCGAUGGAAUUUGGUCCGGAAUGCAUCCGGAAUGUUAUCACUUAUAUGAUGGUCACUCUUGUAACUUCAGUGAAGAUAUUUGCGGUUGGGCGAAUCACCAAGGAAAUGACAUCGAGUGGAGGAGAAACAGCGGCCCCACUUCCUCCCCCGAUACUGGUCCUAUGGUCGAUCAUAGCAGCGAAACAACGACAGGUCAUUAUAUAUUUGUGGAUUCUUCUGAGUUUCCUACUGAAGGGAAGAGAGCCAGAAUUGUUACACCAACUUUUCACCCUUCCGGCCAGAUGGUGUGCUUGACAGCUUACUACUAUAUGUGGGGCCCUGAUAUGGGCCAGUUGUCAGUUUAUGCCAGAUUCUACAACCGAUUCGAUGUCCAAAUAUGGAGUAUCGGUGGGAACCAAGGACCGGAAUGGAUCCUUUUAAAGUUAGCUUUCCCUUCAGAAGGAUUACCAAUUCAGAUUGUUUUCGAAGUCAUUCUGGGUUGGACGGCCAGCAGCGAUAUAGCUUUAGAUGAUGUCAUAUUUGAGGACUGUCCUGAGGAAUUUGAACACGAAAGGAUCGAAAUAGAAACACCUCUUCCUCCUCCUCCCACUAUUGUUCCCGAAUUUGCCAUCUUCUGGUGCAAUUUCGAAGAUUAUUUGUGUGGCGAGAAUGAUGAAAUUAACGGUGAUUUCUAUUGGCAAAGAGAUUAUGGUGACACUCCCAGUUAUGCCACAGGUCCGAGUGUAGACCAUACUUUUGGAACCGAAGAGGGUAUUUACUUGUAUAUAGAAACGUCUUUUCCCAGAAUGGAAGGUGAAAGAGCCCGUUUUAUGCUACCCAGGGUGGAAAAUACUGGCAGUAUGUGCUUGACUUUCUACUACCACAUGUACGGCGUGGAUGUAACUACCUUGAAGGUUCUAGCGAUUGUUGAGGAACAAGAGCACUUCCUAUGGAGCAAACAGGGAAAUUUGGGGGAUCUCUGGAGAUCUGCAAGGGUAGAACUACUCUUGGAGGGUUCUAGCUAUCGGAUAAUCUUUGAAGGGAAACGUGGAGCCGGUCCGCGUGGAGACGUGGCUAUCGACGAUGUGGCCGUAUUAAACCAUUCCUGUACAGAAUAAUCGAUAAAACAACAACUCUAUAACACUUUAUUCGAUAA